AUGGACAGAGGUAAGUCCUCUUUCUCUCUCUCUCUCAACCUCAACUUCAGGGUUCAAACUGAGUCAGAAGCUAGCUUCUGAACCUGUUUCUAGCUCCAAGGCUACUUGGGAACAAUCACAAUGGCAGUGUGUUUCUGGGCAUGUGCAGAGUAGAAUUGGCUUGCCAUUAAACGAUGGCAGCCUUGUGCUCAGACACCCAUCUGGGAAUGGGGGCAAGGGCUUCCAAGUGGAGGGGGGGUCAGGUUUAAAAGCCCUGCCAUCUCUCCUUCCUUGGAAGGUGUGUGUUUCAAUGAACACAAUGUGCUAACUACUUCCUUGCCUUGGCUCCCAGGACAGCUGUUAAAAGAAGCCCAAAUUUCAAAUUACAAGACAGAGGAAAGGACCACAAUGUGGUGUUUUGAUUUAUUCAUGUUAAAAACCUCUUCUGUUAAAAGUGAUAAACUCCACCCCGCUCUCAUUUCUAAAGCCAGGGGGUAUAGAGGCUCAGACUAUCUUUUCUGAACAGGAAGCCCCUAAUCUCUAAGGACCUACACACUCAGUGAUAAGUGAGGCUUUCUGUGCAUGCUCAAUGGCACAUACUUCUGAAUGAGAUGCCACUUUGAUAGGAAAAAUAAACAUAUAUGUAUUUUUCCCCAGCAACAUUGGUUUGAAUGAUGUCAGUUCUGUUUUCUGUUGUUAAUAAUAAUAAUAAUAAUAAUAUAAAUCACAAAGGGGGGAAUAAGGAAUGAACUGGGCAAACUGCUUUAGAUAAGAUGAUGCAGAGCUCAUGCUUGCUUGGAAAGCUGCUUUUUGUAGUCCUCUGGGCACAAUGCAAAGCGCAGUUUUGGACUUCCAAACCUCCUGUCUUAUGGUCACAAGCUUUGGCGACCAUAGGAUAGGUGUCAGCAACUGCUACCCUAGGGCCAACUCUGGCCUUGCAACUGCCAUCCUUGAGGCGGAGGGGGAGCAGGGGUUGGGGGAAGCAGCAGCUAUGACGGGGGCACACCUGCCAGCAAUAUAAUUUGCCUGGAGUGGUGGUGCAGCCAUCGUCUACAACUCCCCCUUCGAAACAGCCAUCCAGUGAAACCACUUUUGAACCUUAGAAACCACCUGCUCCCCUCUACGAAAAUAAAUCCCAAAUCACAGCCCUGUUUAUCACAGCUAGCGCAUGAUCUGUCCUCGUUGCAGCCUUUUCUAUAAGCAUUUCAGAGUGGGCAUGAACAACUUUGCUGAAAGACCAUGAUAUUUCACUUAAAUUUGCAGGGCUGCCUUCUCUUCAUGUCCUCCUCUGUGUCGUCCCAGCCGUUUUCUGUGUCACUGUGUACAUUGUGUUUCCCUCCUCUAGAUAAAAAGCUGAGAGCGGUCAUCGUUUUGAACUUGCCUCUCCUUUUCCAGGUAAGGAGCUGACCCAAAUGGCCGGUGUCCCUUGAGCACUGCUGCUGUGGGGUGAAGUCAUUUGAUACAGAGUCUGUUGCAUGUUCCCUUGCUCCACCUUCCCAUGUCAGUAAAGGGAAGAAGUUGGGCAAUGGGAAGGAUUAAAGGUUCAGGGUGCUUGACAAAUGGCCACUGGGCAAUAGAAAUUUGAUUCGGCUUGCAUUUAAAGGCGAGCCUAGCUGGACCGCAUGCUCUGCAGAGACGCAUGCACCAGACCACAGCCAUCCUUUGAAAUCCACACUUCUCAGAAUCUUGCCAAACCGUUCUCCAGCCAAGCAAUGCGUACAAAAAUGCAUAUACUCAAGUCAAGUGUGCAGGUGGGUGCAUACAUUACUAAAACAUAACCUACAGAGAUGAAUGGUUUUAGCAAAAAUUAGCAAAACCGCAUACCCAAGAAUGUGCUCAUUAGGAGAAAUCUGAGCUAAAACGCUGGUGAAUUUUCAUGAGGACUAUUUUUAUUGGUUAUAGAUUAGUAAUUCUUUAUUGUAAUUGAUAAGUGUAAACUGUUUAAUUACGAUUUGCUGAUGUUAAAUUUUACUGCUUACUAUUGAAUUCCAAUGGAUUAUUGAAUAUCGCUUUAUUGGAUAUAAGUUGUUUAUUUUUAAAGUUAUUGUGAUUUUUUAAAUAUCGGAUCAGAUUGUUACUAUUAAUGUUUGACAUUUUAUUAUUAUUAUUUAUAUGAGUUGGAAGCUGCCUAGAGUGGCUGGGGCAACUCAGCCAGAUGGGUGGGGUAUAAAUAAAUAUAUUAUUAUUAUUAUUAUUAUUAAGAUUGCCAAAAUGUAGAGAACUGAAGUUUAGAUUGGAAAAAUGGGAAAUGGAAAAGGGGCAGCUUUUCCCAUCCUCCUGGGCAACCAUCUCAAGGCGCAUUUUAUUCCCACCUCUGAAGAAAGGCGUGUUGCUAAGUUGUGAACUGAGGUUGACUCUGGAGCUCCUCUUUUCCCUCAUUCUCACUUUCAUGAGGCUCUCACUCUCUCUCUCUCUUGCACACACACACAUUCAAGGGAGAGGGUGGAGGUGUUUGGUGGUGGGCUGCCUCUCCUUCCUUUCUCUUUGAGCGAUGCUCCUUCUGCAGGUCCACCCACAGGAUGUGGUAGGAGCCCUCGCUCACAAGCCCACCACAAGGUUUUCUUGCAGGCCUCAGAGCUCGGUGUGUUUUCCCUUUUAAACUUUGUGUGGCCAGUUCACCUCCCAACCCACUGUGGUUCUUUCUCUCUGCACCUCUGCCACUCCUCACACCCGCCAUGUGUGCAGUACAUGCCCCUUCUCCCUCCCUCAUACACUACAGAUCCCGUUCCCCUCUCUUUUGCUCUGCCUCUCCUUACUAUUUUUGCAACAAAACACACCAGCAAAGUCCCCAGCAGUUCCUGUCCCUUUCUCCACCCCUGCUUCCCAUUGACCCUGUUCCUUCUCCAUCUCCAUCCUCCCUACCCCUAUCUGAAACCAAACCAUGUUGCAGACUCAGGGCCAGAUUUAGGUUUGCUGAGGCCCUAAGCUACUGAAGGUAAUGGGGCCCUUUAGAUGUCCAGCUGUCCUUUGUCAACAACAAAUUGUCACUGUUUUUUGUGUUGAAUAUAUGCUAUAUGGUAAUUUAUGGACCUAAUAGGUACAGUGGUACCUCGAGUUACAGACGCUUCAGGUUACAGAUGCUUCAGGUUAGACUCCGCUAACCCAGAAAUAGCACCUUGGGUUAAGAACUUUACCUCAGGAUGAGAACAGAAAUUGCGCGGCAGUAGCAGGAGGCCCCAUUAGCUAAAGUGGUACUUCAGGUUAAGAACAGUUUUAGGUUAGGAACAGACCUCCAUAACAAAUUAAGUUCUUAACCUGAGGUACUGCUGUAUCUAAAGCCAUCUGCACAUGUUGACACGCAACCAGUCCAUGCAGAAUGUAGGCACCCUAUAUAUAGAAAUGAGCAAACCAGUGAUAUUUUAGGGAGCAGGCUAGCAGGCGGGGCCCAUUACUUACUUUAUGUAGGUUUUAUUUUAUUUCUUUUUUAUCUUAUAUUUUGGAAAUGUACAUCCAGGUUUGUUUUUUUCUUUAAAUUUUUUUGGGGGCCCCCAAGAGAGUGAGGCCCUAAGCUAUAGCUUGUUUAGCUUAUACGUAAAUCCUGCACUGCUCAGACUCAGUCCUGGAAUAUCAUGCUCCUUCUACGUUUGAAAAUGGGCAGCUCCAAUGUGUUGUUUUCACUGUCUGGAAUUUCCAGUGCAAAUGUCAGGGAAACAUACAGCAGCUUCCCAUGUGACAUAGUAAGGGACAGUAAAGACAUGAAUCACAGAUCACAUGCUGUGGUCACCCACAAGUGGCAGAGGGAUUUGGAAUCACCCUUUUCUGAGUGGAGGGAAAGCUUUUGACCACAAAACAGGCUUUUAAAACCUGUUAUCUUAAGAGUGCAGACAUCAUGUCAAAGUUAACCAAAGGGAUGGUGGACACUUAGCUAUGGUUUGGUGCGAUGUCUGAGCUGAUAAACCAUAGUUUGUCAGAGGCCAGCUAACCUGAAUCAGAAACCAUGGUUUGAAGUGCAUGAACAGACCAUGGCUUGUGCUAAUUAUGGUUUAGCAUGAUGACAGAACUCAUAAUGACCUUCCUUAUGGUUACUUCUCUGCUGCCAAAGAUUGGUGCGCCAAGGGAUGGAUGAAUUUUUGGUUUGGGUUCAUGUCAAUUUUGCAUAUGUUCAUUCCUAAGUCUUUCCCACCAUUUUCCCACAUUAAUCUGCGCUAAAAUUUGUAUUGAAAUACUGCUUUAUGACGAAGUACCUAGCUGAUACAUAUUUUAUCUCGCGGUACACCUUUCUUGAGGUAUUUUAGUCAGAAAUACACAUGCUUUUGGGGAGUUGCUUCCCCCUCCCUUAAUACCAUGAAUUGCAUCACAAAAUCCCAAGCAAUGCAAAAUCCAAAGGAUAAUGAAGCCCUAAUCCACACCUUUAAAAAGCAGAGACAUCACCUUGCCAACAAAGUUCCGUAUAGUAAAAGCUAUGGUUUUCCCAGUAGUAUGGAAGUGAGAGCUGGACCAUAAAGAAGGCUGAUCACUUUUGAAUUAUGGUGCUGGAGGAGACUCUUGAGAGUCCCAUGGACUGCAAGAAGAACAAACCUAUCCAUUCUGAAGGAAAUCAGCCCUGAGUGCUCACUGGAAGGACAGAUCAUGAAGCUGAGGCUCCAAUACUUUGGCCACCUCAUGAGAAGAGAAGACUCCCUGGAAAAGACCCUGAUGUUGGGAAAGAUGGAGGGCACAAGGAGAAGGGGGGGACGAGGUGGUUGGACAGUGUUCUUGAAGCUACCAGCAUGAGUUUGACCAAACUGCGGGAGGCAGUGGAUGACAGGAGUGCCUGGCGUGCUCUGGUCCAUGGGGUCACAAAGAGUCGGACACGACUAAAUGACUAAACAACAACAACAACAAUCCACACCUAGGUCUAGGAAGUGAGAAUCAGGGCAGUUCAAUUCGCAUAACUUGAAUUCCCCAAGCAUUCUCAGUUUGCUUUCUUAAUUUAUUCUUGCAUUUCUAUCUCACUUUUCCUCCACACCAUUUUAUCCUCACAGCAACCCUGUGAGGUAGGCUAAGAGAUGGCAACUGGCCCAAGAUGAUCAUGACAACAACAAUACUUUUAUUUUUUGUACCCCACCCAUCUGACUGGGUUGCCCUAGUGGGCUUCAUGUGGCUGAGUGGGGAUUUGAACCCUGGUCGCCCAGGGUAUCAUCCCCAUGUAUGCUACCUUGAGCUUCUUGAGGAAAGGCAAAAUAUAAAUAAGUAAAUGAGUGAAUAUAUACACUUUCCCACCCGUAAAUAUAUUCACAGAUAGGCACUCCAGACCACAUUGCUUGCAAUGGCGGUUCUGAUGCCUCUUCUCCGUUAGAUUUAGUCACGCACAAUCUUCUCAUUCUGAACUUCGCCAGCAGGAUCAUGUCCCUAGUGGUGUCGGUUAAGCAGCAUGAGGAAUGUAGUGGAGAAAAUAUUUGAUCCAUGAAACAGGUACUUUUCUCAGGGCAAAACCCAGCAAUGGGACCCUAAUCUGGACUGCUGUCCAAGACCAGGUAUAGAUCACAUAAACCAGGAAUACAGUGGUACCUCAGGUUAAGUACUUUAUUCGUUCCGGAGGUCCGUACUUAACCUGAAACUGUUCUUAACCUGAAGCACCACUUUAGCUAAUGGGGCCUCCUGCUGCUGCUGCGCUGCCAGAGCCCGAUUUCUGUUCUUAUCCUGAAGCAAAAUGCUUAACCUGAAGCACUAUUUCUGGGUUAGUGGAGUGUGUAACCUGAAGCGUAUGUAACCUGAAGCGUAUGUAACCCGAGGUACCACUGUAUUGGAAGGGGUGCCCUCCAGAUGGGGUUGGACUCCAACUCCCAUCAGCCCCAACCAGCAAGCAUGAUGGGAGCUGGAGUCCAUCAACCUUUGAAAGGGGAAUUCCAUGCACUACCUUUGGCGUUAGCUUUUUAUUGUGAGUGAAACAGCUGGUGCAGACACACCUUUGUUUUUGAAAUAUUUCUACCACCAUCCCCAGAACAUCUUUUGUAAUGAUGUUUAGCGUGUAUGUAGCAUUUUCUGAGUGUUUUAAGGUGUUUUGCCCACAUUAUCAAUACUGUAAUCUCUACACAACAGCCCUUGGCAGGAGAUCAAUGUUAUUAUCUGUAUACUGCAGAUAAAGAACUGAGAAAGAGUGGCUCAUUUAACACCCACACCUGCUGAGAUCAUGAUAGGGAUAAGAUCUGAACCAGGAAUUACAUGGUUUCUAGCUCAGGUCCUAAGACACAACCGUGGCCCAGCUACUGCCUGGGAGCAGGUCCUGUUGAAUUCAAAAGUAGGCAGCUAUAGGAUUCUGCUCUAUCUCAGUUAACUGUGCCAGUAGCUAAGGAAGCAUCCUUCAUUUUUAUUUUAUUUCGUUGGGAAACUUUGGUGUAAGUACUGCACAUCACAUUGUCCUUAUGUGGGGUCAGAAACUCCAAGUUUGAAAAAGAGAACCUCUUCUGCCUAUGAUGACAUCCUCAAAAAGGAAUGAACCAGUCGCACGUGACCCUUCAUAAGGCAACGCUCACAUGUCCUAAUCAGAAUUUCCUCCUUGGUAUCUCACAGGCCCAAAUGUGGCAAUUUUCAAAACUUUAACCACUGUCAUGAAGUGUUGUUCCAUCUGAAAAUGGCACACAUUCCCUAAAGAUAGAGUUGUUGUUUCUCCCCAUUGAUUUGCAUCAGUUGUCCCCCCCCCCCCAGAAGUCGAUAACCCUGCCAUAAACUCAUUUUAGUGAUCCCCAUGUGCCUCUUUUUACUGAGGACAAUUCUCUAUUCGACCGUGGAACAGUCUUCCUCGGGAGGUGGUGGACUCUCAUUCAUUGGAGGUUUUUUUGUUUUGUUUUGUUUUAAAUAUUUUUAUUAGUUUUUUAACAUAUCAUUUUCAACAAUUAUUAAGCAUACUUUUAUAUCUUAUUCAAUUUUUUUGACUUCCAUCAAUCACAUCUGAAAAUUUUCCAAUCUUUCCCACUUAAUUUACAUUUCUUACUUUCACUAUUACAUGAAAAUAUCAUAACUAAUAUCUCUCUUCUUUCUCUUCUUUGCAAUAUUUCAUAUAUUCCUCCUUACAAAACUUCUUGUAGUCCUACUAGCGUAAUUUUUUUAUUACAGUUGCUCUUCAAAUAAUUCGUAUAUUUCUUCCAAUCUUCUGUGAAUCUCUGGUCCCGAACGUUUCGAAUCCUUCCUGUCAUUUUGUCCAAUUCUGCGUAGUCCAUUAAUUUCGUCUGCCAUUCUUCUUUCGUUGGUAUUUCUUCUUCCUUCCAUUUCUGGGCCAACAAUACUCUUGCCCAUUCAUUCAUUCAUUGGAGGUUUUUAAAGCAGAGGUGCUUUAGCUGAGAUUCCUGAAUUGCAGGGGGUUGGACUAGAUGACCCUCAGGGUCCCUUCCAACUCUACGAUUCUAUGAUUUUAUUGGAGAAGGUGCCCAGACAAAGUCAAAUUUAAAGGUAAAAAAAAACUUUAAGAGGCGAGUGCAGGAGGGGGCCCCAGCAUUGCCCAUCACCUGGGAGCACCAGGGCAGCAAACUGAGCUGGCACAGUGCAGGUAGCUACGUCAGAGUGAGUUGCUCUAUGGAGAGACAUGCACAUCUAUAUGAACACGGCAAUAGUUAUUUCUGCAUUUGCAUCUAUAAAUAUAAAUUAGCCUGUGCAUUUUGUUUGCACGUCUGUGUCAACAGUGCAUUUCUAGGCAAUACAUUUCCUCUUUUUCUGGCAAUGUAAUUUUUGCUUGGCUAUACAAUUCCUGGAAAGCUUAGUUUCUGUAAGCAUAUGCCUGUUAGGUGGCAGGCAUUUUCUGCAAAAUAAAAAUGCUUUCAAACAUCACAUACUGAAAAUUCCCUUUACGUAGAAGUCAUCCUGUCUUGGUGGGUGGGAGAAAAAAUGGUUCUACGGAAGUGGUUCCCAGCUGGUGGCUCACAGACUCCAGGGAGUCGGCGUAACCCACCCAGGGGAUCUGUGGUGCCAUUUGCACAACAAAAACUACUAGAGAGAUAUCAUAGUUUUCAAAAAUAGGGGGUCCAUGUAGCUUGGCUUUUGCAAAACAAGGGGGUCUGCAGUACUUAGCUGAUGGAGAACCACUGUGCUACAGUGUCAAUCAGAGAGAAAGGGACCUGAAGGUCAAACCGGGUGUGACGUUAUUCACGUCUUCAGUCCUUACACAGCAGGUCUGUUAAAUAAUUACCGGUAGCCACUAUGGUGGGGCUCAUACUGGGAAGCUGAUGGGGAGCAGGGGCGUUUUAACCCUUUUGCCCUUCAAACCAAAUCUGGAUUGGGACCAAGUGCUGAAAUUUGAAAGGAAGUGUGCACAGGAAGCCAAACAGAUGUCUUAUAAGCCUGCCCCCAAAACACAGAACCCACUUCUGUUCUCCCAACACACACACACACACACACACACACACACACACACCAGUGCCCCUGCGGAGUGUUCUUCUUGAGACCACACAAUUUACCCUCUUCUCUAAUACUCUUUCCACUUGGGGCUGCAGGGAUGAGCAACAGAGAGAGUAGCUCUUAUUUGCUCCAAUCUCAGUCCUGUAUUUUUUUAUCGACAUCGCAGAUAGUCAGCAGGGCAACGGCUGUCCUCAUUGCUGAGUGUUUCAGUCCAUCUCGCUUAUUAAGUAGCACACUGGCAACUUGCAUUGGAAGAAAAGCUUCCAUUGGUGCACAUUUGAACCUUUCCAACUUGGGUGGCUUUACAAAGAGGAUUAAUCAAACUCUUGGCUGUGAAUGGCUAGCUAUGAUGAGAUUGGGGCAUGAACCCUCCAAUCUCUGUGACACCUCCCUCCCCAAUCUGGAGAACCCCUGAGCUCAUGGUCCCCCGUCCCCAUCCCUAUUUGCUUUCUAAACUGCCUUUAAUGCAGUUACUAAUCGUGUGAAUGGCUGCUCAUUUAAUGUGGAACCUAGAGACUUAAAAGUGGGCAUCCACUCAUCCCAGGAAAUCCUUGGAACUGUAGUCUGUGUGUGUGGCUAGAUAGCUCUGAGAGCACCCUCAUCUAGCAAUGACCUCCAGGACACCUUCAUAGGAUCAUAGAAUUGUAGAGUUGGAAGGUACCCCGAGGGACAUCUAGUCCAACCCCCAACAAUGCAGGAAUCUCAACUAAAGUAUCCAUGACAGAUGGCCAUCCAACCUCUGCUUAAAAACUUCCCAGGAAGGAGAGUCCACAAUCUCCUGAGGGAAACUGUUCCACUGUCGAACAGGUCAUACUGUCAGAAAGUUAUUUCUGGUGCUUAGUCGAAAUCUCCUUUCUUGUAACUUGAAGCCAUUGGUUCGAGUCCUACCCUCCAGAGCAGGAGAAAACAACCUUGCUCUAUCCCCCAUGUGAUAGCCCUUUAGAUAUUUGGAGAUGGCUAUCAUAUCCCAGUCUCCUCUUUUCCAGACUAAACAUACCCAGCUGCCUCAACCAUUCCUCAUAAGGCUUGGUUUCCAGUCCCUUGGUCAUCUUGGUCACCCUCCUCUGCACACAUUCCAGCUUCUUAAAUUGUAGCACCUAGAACUGGACACAGUACUGCAAGUGCGGUCUGACCAAGGCAGAAUAGAGCGGUACUAUUACUUCCCUUGACCAGGACACUAUACUUCUGUUGAUGCAGCCUAGAAUAUUAUUAGCAUUUUUGUUGCUGCUGCAUCACACAAUUGACCUACUUGUGAUCUACUAAGACCACUAGAUUCCUUUUGAGAAGCCAUGAUAGUUAAACUGCGAAUCAAACAAUUAUACCUGGAUAUAAUUCCUCAAUGAAUGUGCCCCUGAUCUGAAGAUUGCUUCCUGGGUGUGUGUGUUUUUUGGGGGGGUCACUUGGCAAAUGCUGCAGAGAUGUUAUCCCCUCCAGUAUGUAAGUUGUAACUGAUUCUUUUAUCUGCCUCCUAGCUGUGCAUGAGCCAGACUGUGACAGCUGAAUACGACUACAAUAGCAACUUCACGAUUGACUACGAUGCGUAUGCAGACAUCUGCAAGAAGGAUGAGAUCCGGCGAUUCCGUGCAGUUUUCUUACCCGUUGUAUAUUCCCUUGUGUGUUUUGUGGGGCUGGCAGGCAACUGCCUGGUCAUGGUGACGUACAUCUACUUCAAGAGGCUCAAGACGAUGACAGAUAUCUACCUCCUCAACCUCGCCAUAGCGGACAUCCUCUUCCUGCUGACUCUCCCCUUCUGGGCCUUCAGCGCAGCAAAGUAUUGGGUCUUUAAGGAGUUUGGUUGCAAAGCCAUCCAUUGCAUCUGCCAGAUGAGCUUCUUUAGCGGAAUGUUGCUGCUGCUCUCCAUCAGCAUCGACAGGUAUUUCGCCAUUGUCCAGGCCCCCUCAGCCCACCGCCUUCGGUCCCAGAGAGUUUUCGCCAGCAAGGUCACCUGCCUCUCCAUUUGGAUCCUAGCUUUCGUCCUCGCCAUCCCUGAGCUGGUCCACAGGGGCAUCUAUGAGUCUGACCAACAGAAGCCACGCUGCAGCAUCCUAGCAUACAACUUGCUGGCCUUCAGCACCGGCAUCAGGAUUUGCCAGAUGCUCUUUGGCUUCCUGAUGCCUCUCCUAGUGAUGACGUUCUGCUACUGUGUCAUCAUCAGGACCUUGUUCCAAGCCCGGAGCUUCGAGAAGAACCGGGCGAUCAAGGUCCUCAUUGCUGUGAUGGUGGUCUUUGUCCUCUUCCAGCUGCCCUACAAUGGCGUCGUGCUAGCUGAGACCAUCUCGGCCUUCAACCACACCAAUGGCGAAUGCGAAGUCAUCAAGCGCAUGGAUGUGGCCAAUGACGUGACGUACGGCCUGGCGUGCUUCCGCUGCUGCCUCAACCCCUUCCUGUACGCCUUCAUAGGUGUCAAGUUCCGCAAUGACCUGCUCCGGCUCCUCAAGAACCUGGGCUGCAUCAGCCAAGCGCAGCUCUGGCAGUGGUCAACGUACCGGGAUAACACAAGGUGCUCCAUUGCCACGGAAACUGACACCACCACCACUUUCUACCCCUGAAAGGCCCCAUGGACCGCCAGUCAACUUGGUGUCACAACAGCAGCCUUUUCCAUUGGCCAGCAUGAGAGAUUGACACUUGGGACCUUUGAAUCUCACCCGGUGGGUAGGUUUCCAAGUUGCCUGAAGGGCCCAACGUACCGCCCCCCUCCUCCACAGAUCAACUCACAUAAUUCAGACUGUUGUAUAAAGAGAUGUGGACUGCAGAAAAGUUGCUCACGGAUCUCAAGGAAGUGAGCUGAUGACGGGGACAAAACUCUUCCUAUGAACUAGAAGAGUGAGCCUAAAUCAGGGUUUCCCAAAUGUGGGUUUCCACCUGGUUUUUGUCACUACAAUACCCAUCACCCCCUGACCACUGGUCCUGCUAGCUAGGGAUGAUGGGAGUUGUAGUCCAAAAACAGCUGUAGUCGCAAGUUUGGGAAACCCUGGCCUAAAUGAAUGUAAGAAAAGUUGUGUUGGAUCAGGCCAAAGGCCUAUCUAUCUAGUCCAGCAUUACUGUUCUCACAGUGGCCAGGUACCUGUGUGAAGCCCACUGCCUUCUCACACAGGACUUGGUCAACGGGCCCCUCCCUAGCUUUGUCUGUGGGACUCUCUGUCAUUUCUCUGUGGUGAGGUAAACACAGUCUGCAGCUGCUCAGGGGCCCAUUUAAUCUACUCUUACUGAAUAUUAUCAUGUGUUUUCUAGCAGAUUGCUGUGAACACAGCUAUCCCUGGGGGUUUGCCUUAACGCAAUACCUGUCCAGAGUCUCAGACUUGUCAGAGGAAUGUUAAUAGCUCGUGAUGUUCAGGAAAUGGUCUCUCAGCAGGAGCCAAAUGUUAGAAGACGGCCUCUUGAGACAAGAAUAUGUUCUAAAUAGGAGAAACCCAGGAGAGAUUGGGUGGUGCAGCAAACCUUCCCUAUUCCCUCAAGUUAUGGAAGAUUUGUGUUGGGGAGAGAAGCCGCGGUUAGUGACUGGGACUCAGAAGAGAUCUUUGAACUCAGGAAAGUACUAUUUUGAGGGCUGCCUCUCUAGCAGUCUGAUGUGGGACGGUAGCAUUUGCUGCUUGUAAGAGGGCUAAGCUGUGCCUCCACCUAUGUUCAACUUGUACAUUUAUAAAUAAAAUAUUAACAGAC